AUGCCCGGCGAACGAUCGCCGACACGUGGCGAUGAAGAAAUCUUGUUGCAGGACGAGGCUUCCGGCGGAGAAGCAAUCAUAGGCAGACCGCAACUAUCUCCGGCAACGACUAAGGCCACAACAUUCAAUGUGGUCGAAGCAACAUUCGCGUUGAAUCGAAUUACGGGCGACGAAACUAAGUUCAGACACAUACUUAGUAAUUUAGACCCACAAACUAUUCCUUUCGUUGCUGAUCUGAUUACCGAUCCUCCAGGACUUAACAAAUACGAAGCAAUUAAGAAACGAAUUAUUGACACAUUCGGCGAAUUUCAAGAAACCAAACUCCGUAAACUCUUGCGUGACCAAGAGCGCGGAGACGACAAGCCAUCUCAUUAUUUACAGCGAUUGCGAAAUUUAGCAGGCAGCAAUUGCACAGAUUCGGUAAUUCGCAGUUUAUUCCUCGAGCAGUUGCCGGAAGGCGCGCGGAGCAUUCUAGCAGUCUCCCCGACGGAAGAUUUAGACACGUUAGCGAUUCAAGCCGACCGAAUAAUAGACGCGAUUAAGCCGCAGGUAUCCGCGAUCCAAGCUAAAAACGACGCAAAUAAAACCAGUAGCACGAUUGAAGCAGAAAUAUGCGAACUACGACGUAAAGUAGAGAAACUAUCAGCACAACUUAGAAGAAGCCGCUCCAAAUCUCGAGGAUCUGAUAUAUCGGUAUUACCUAAAAGCUGGAAAAACAGGGAUAGUAGCGCGGCUAAUUUCUCACUUUACGCGGCGAACGGAUCCAAAAUCCACGUAUACGGUAGCCGCGAGCUGGAGCUAAAUCUAGGAUUAAGACGUAGUUUUAAUUGGAAAUUUACGAUCGCCGAAGUCGCUACGCCGCUAUUGGGGGCCGACUUUUUAUAUCAUUACAAUCUACUAGACGACCUAAGAAACAAAAAACUUGUUGACGGACUGACGGAUCUGAAGGUCGAGGGGAAAGUCACCAACAUACGUACACAAUCGGUAUCUACCUUAAAACAACAGGACACGAUCUAUACACAAAUACUAAAGGAAUUUAUCAACGUCACAAGACCAUCACCCCAAAGAGUAAACAAACACAAGGUCGAACAUCAUAUCGUGACUAACGGCUCACCGAUUUCAGACCGCGCCAGGCGUUUACCACCGGAGAAAUUAAAAUUCGCUAAACAGGAAAUAGAGAGCUGGAUCAAAAACAGCGAUUGUCAACCUGGAAGCGGACAAUGGGCAAACGCGAUGCACAUGGUCGACAAGAAAGAUGGCACGUGGCGAAUUUGCGAAGACUACCGCCGACCUAACAAAAUUAGAGUUCCAGAUAGGUACCCAAUCUCGCAUUUGCAGGACUUUUCACACAAACUGCAUGGUUUUACAAUAUUUAGCAGGCUUGACUUGACAAGAGCAUACCAUCAAAUCCCAAUGGCAGCAGGCGACAAAGAGAAAACAGCACUUAUCACUCCUUUCGGACUAUACGAAUUUAAUAUCAUGCCAUUUGGACUCAGGAAUGCGGCGCAAACUUUUCAACGCUUCAGGGACACUAUCGGAACCGGAACACCAACGAAGCAAGUACUACAGAAACUGAGGGAAUACGGACUUAGUAUCAACACUGAGAAGUGUGCCUUAGGACAAGCAGAAGUACAACAACUUGUACGGUUUUUACCAUGGGCGGCGAAGAUCCAGGCAACGUUGCAUGUCCUCAUUUCUGGAAUACAGAAGAAAGACAAGCGACCUCUUCAAUGGAACGAGCAAGCCGAAAAAGCAGUCGAAGAAUGCAAGUCACAACUAGCAGAAGCUACGCUGUUAGCACAUCCGGCAGAAGAUGUCCCACUAAUUCUGAGUACAGACGCAUCAGACUACGCAAUAGGAACCGUCCUGGAGCAAGAAUACAACAGCAAGCGCUAA